CAUAAGCAGAGAUUCGAGAAAGAGAGUGAGAGCAAAGGCAAUAAUAAUGUAGAUCUACAAUUCUACCUGAUCAAGUCGAGUUUACAUUCCUUCCAGUUUAUUUUUAUUCUACUCAUUCAAUUGCCGUUUGCCGAGUAAGACAGUUGGUGAAAUUUACUUCUUUGCUGUCGUUUUAAAAAGUUUAUUGUCAAUUUAAUCAUGUCGAAACCAUUACUUACUGCUGAUGCUACCUAUCAGAAAAUCCAAGAAUAUUACAAUGCAAAUGGAUCAAAGAUCAACAUCAAAGAAUUGUUUGACAACGAUCCAAAACGCUUUGAUAAAUUUAGUUUAGUGUUGAAAACGCCAAAUGACGGCGACAUUUUAUUGGAUUACUCAAAGAAUCGCAUCACAGAGGAUGCUUGGAAAUUGUUAUUAGAACUUGCCAACUCUCGUGGACUUAAAGAAGCUCGUGAGCAAAUGUUUGGUGGUGAACAUAUCAAUAUUACCGAAGAUCGUGCAGUAUUGCAUACAGCAUUGCGUAAUAAGUCAGGAAAGCCUGUAUUAGUUGAUGGAAAGGAUGUUAUGCCUGAAGUUCUUGCUGUUUUGGAUCAUAUGAAGGAAUUCACUAAUCAAGUCGUCAGUGGUGAAUGGAAGGGAUACACAGGCAAGAAAAUGACUGAUAUCGUUAAUAUUGGUAUCGGUGGAUCUGAUCUCGGACCUCUAAUGGUCACAGAAGCUUUAAAACCAUAUUCAACUGGAUUAAAUAUGCAUUUCGUUUCAAACAUUGAUGGAACUCAUUUGGCUGAAACCUUAAAGAAAAUCAAUGCUGAAACAACUUUAUUCAUUAUAGCAUCAAAGACAUUUACGACACAAGAAACAAUUACUAAUGCCACAUCUGCUAAGAACUGGUUCUUGGAAGUUGCAAAGGAUCCAAGUCACGUUGCUAAACACUUUGUUGCAUUGUCAACAAACGAGAAACUUGCAACAGCGUUUGGCAUUGAUGCCAAAAACAUGUUUGCAUUCUGGGACUUUGUUGGUGGACGUUAUUCACUCUGGUCCGCUAUUGGUUUGUCAAUUUCUCUUUCUAUUGGAUUCGACAACUUUGUUAAAUUGCAAGAAGGUGCUUACUUCAUUGAUCAGCAUUUCCAAACAGCACCUUUAUGUCAAAAUGCUCCAGUAAUUCUCGCACUUUUGGGUGUUUGGUAUUCAAAUUUCUAUGGCGCUGAAACAACAGCACUUUUGCCAUAUGACCAAUACUUGCAUAGAUUCGCUGCAUACUUCCAACAAGGCGACAUGGAAAGUAAUGGUAAAGGAGUUGCAAAGAGCGGCAAACGCGUUGAUUACAGCACUGGACCGAUCGUAUGGGUAAGUAAUUUAGUCAAUGAAAAAAAUAAAUAUAUUUAGUGGGUCAAUGUAGGUCAAUUGAACAUGUGAUGAUAAUUGCUGUACAUUCACUUUUUAUCCAUUCACUUCAAAUAUUUGUUCUCGAUUAGAACGCACUUCAAUGUCAUUAACACAUUCUACUUUUACUUUAAUUCUCAGGGUGAGCCUGGAACUAACGGUCAGCAUGCCUUUUAUCAGCUCAUUCAUCAGGGCACACGAUUGAUUCCAUGUGAUUUCAUUGCCCCAGCUCAAACUCACAAUCCAAUUGCUGGCGGUGUACAUCAUAAAUUGAUUCUUGCCAACUUUUUGGCACAAACUGAGGCACUCAUGUGCGGCAAGACAGAACAACAAGUAAGAGGUGAACUUGAAAAAGCCGGUAUGAAGGGAGAAAAAUUGGAAAAUCUCGUUCCACAUAAAGUUUUUACUGGAAAUCGUCCAACAAACUCAAUUGUUGUUCAGAAAGUAACACCAUUCACUCUCGGUGCCCUCAUUGCUAUUUAUGAGCAGAAGAUUUUCACACAAGGUAUCAUCUGGGAUGUCAAUUCAUUUGAUCAAUGGGGUGUUGAACUUGGAAAGGCAUUGGCAAAGGCAAUUGAAGGUGACUUGGCCAACAAUGAUAAAGUCUCAAGUCAUGAUGCAUCAACAAAUGGCUUGAUUAACUUCAUUAAGUCAAAUUGGUAAAGACAUUAGAGGAAAUCUCAUCAAUUUAUAAUUAUAUUACGCGCACGUACAUUUAGAUUCCUUAAAAAUUAAUAAUUUUAUGCUAUUGAAUACUUAAAUGAGCAACAUAAUAUGUUAAAAUUAUAAAAAUAAUAUUGUGUUUCAGAUUCCAUUAAAUGGAUGCAGAAAUUCAAAACAAUAAAAAUAAUAAAAGUUGAAGUAGUUUUGGGCUGCUUACGAAGAGUCUUGUUUAUGAAUUAGCAAG